GGUGGGAGCUUUUAUGAAGGCAACUAACCAACAAAAAAAGGUUAGUUGAAUAUGAGGAUGAUAAAUAGGGCAUUCAGAAGACAACUAGGCAAGAGCCAAUACCAUUUUCCUUCAUGGCUGAAAUAGAGAAUUUGGAACCGGAUUUGGAGGAGCUGAGGGAGAGCUACAGGAGUGGCAAAACAAAGGAAGCCUCAUGGAGGAAGUCACAACUCAAGGGUUUGCUCACUCUCCUCAAGGAACAGGAAAAGGAUAUCUUUAAGGCCCUUGAGCAAGAUCUAGGCAAACAUUAUGCCGAGUCCUACAGAGAUGAGGUGGGAACCCUAACAAAAUCUGUGAAUCUUGCAUUGAGUUCCUUGAAAGACUGGAUGUCAAGCAGAAAGGCUAAAUUACCAAUAGCUACAUUCCCCUCAACAGCAGAAGUGUUUCCAGAGCCUCUUGGCCUUGUUCUCAUUAUCUCUUCUUGGAAUUUUCCCUUUGGGCUGUCCCUGGAACCAGUGAUUGGAGCAAUAGCAGCAGGAAACUCAGUAGUUCUAAAGCCUUCAGAGCUGGCUCCAGCCAGCUCUUCUCUUCUAGCAAAAACCAUUCCUACUUACCUAGACAAAAAAGCUGUCAAGGUCAUCGAGGGCGGGGCCGCCGUUGGCGAACAUCUCCUCCGCUGUAAAUGGGACAAGAUCUUCUUCACAGGAAACCCCCGAGUGGGACGUGUUGUAAUGACUGCAGCUGCUAAUCAUCUAACGCCUGUUACAUUGGAGCUGGGUGGAAAAUGUCCAGCCAUAUUUGAUUCAUUUUCAAGUUCUUGGGACAAAGAGAUGGUGAUAAAACGAGUUCUUGGAGGGAAAUUCGGGGCCUGCGCCGGUCAAGCAUGCAUAGCGAUCGAUUACAUCCUAGUCCAAGAAGGAUUUGCACCCACCUUGCUAGAAUUGUUGAGGAACAUGACCAAGAAAAUGUUUGGUGAAAACCCUAGAGAAACAAAAAGCAUGGCAAGGAUAAUCAACAAAAAACAUUUCUUAAGGCUGAAGAACAUUCUUGAUGAUCCCUCAGUCCAAUCUUGUAUUGUCCAUGGCGGUGGGGUGGAUGAAGACAACUUGUUCAUCGAGCCAACGAUCUUGAUGAAUCCUCCUCUCAAAGCUUCCAUUAUGACCGACGAAAUCUUCGGUCCAUUGCUUCCUAUAAUUACAUUAAAGAAGAUUGAAGACAGCAUUGAGUUCAUAAACUCAAGGCCUAAAGCACUAGCCAUUUAUGUCUUCACCAAAAAUGAAACUUUGAAGAGAAGGAUAAUCUCCGAGACAUCAUCGGGAAGCGUGACCUUCAACGAUGCAAUCAUUCAGGUCCGAAUCGUGCACCGUUUGAAGCAUUGGAUUCUUGACUUCCUGAGCUUUGAAAUGGUAUAUAGAAUGUAGAAAAUAGACUUCGGGAAGUGCUCCAAAAGUGCGCAAGAAGACUGCAGCUGCUGUCCCCUGUUUUCUUCACUCUGUUUUUCCUCUCUCCUUGCUUCUCUCCUUGCAUACUUUGAACGACUUUGGCAAAGGGCUAUGGAGCUCCAAAGCUUGGUUCUUCAUGAAUUUGAGCUUCCAAAAGCUUUGCCAUGGAUUCCAAAUAACUCUCCUCAAUCUUGGAUUGUUUUGGUGAUCAAAUUACUAACAAAAACACCAAAACUUGCACAAUUUGAUUAGAAAUGAUUGCAAGGGUCCUUAACAUGUUAAUUGGGUUAAAAGUCAAUAACUACUACUCAAAAGUGUUUAAAAGAGUUAAUUACAAGCUAUCAAAUAGCACUUUUUGAGUAGUAAUCACUCCCCCCAACCGACAUAUUGCUAGUCCCUUAGCAAUGAAGGAGAGAAAAAUAAAAAUAAACAAUACUAUAAUUUACAACAUCAUGCUAAUCAAAAAACAAUUCUCAAGUGGCAUGAUGAUCUAACUCUCACAUGGAACAUUAAAGAAAUAAAACUCAAACUUCAACAAGAGUUAUCAAAUAACUUGUCUAAUCACAAUUCAUAAAGAGAAGGCAUUAUGCAAAUUUAAGCUUUAAAAUCAUUUGCACUUCCAAAGGGUCAAACCUUACUCUUCCACAAAAAUCUAAGUGUUAUUUAUUAGCUUCCGAAUAUAGUAUGUCAAACUAAUCUCUCCACCCAACCUAGUUCUUUUUCAAAGCUUAGCAAACUAAUCAACCUCUAAUAGGCUAAGAACGCACCUCUUUUUUUUCACAAUUUUUUUCAUUGUAGGAGUACAAGGCUUAAAGGUAUUCUCUUUUUUUUUAAUUGUCCAUGUAACGGGGGUCCAUCGAUGACUCCCAACCAAUUAAGGUUUAGGGCAUCAAGCUUUAAGGAUCUUUCAACCACUAACUCCUCGGAUUUUACCCCGGACUUUUGAGAAUGAAUUUUAAUACCCAAGCACCUACAGUAUGUUAAACUCCACCUAUCCACCCUUGUAACGAGCAUUGAGGUCGGUGACUCCCAACCAAUGAAGGCUUAGGGCACCAGGUUUUAAAGAUUUUCACCAUAUACCCCUCAGACCUUGCUCGGGUUUCAAGGUAAGCAAACAUUUUGCUUUCUUUCUCUUUUUUUUUUUUUUUUUCUCAAAGGCUCAUUGGCCUUUCAUAAGGUGUCCCAACACUAUUAAAUAAGGUCAAAGGUACCAAGUCUAAAAUUUUCCUAAGUCAAGAGGGAAAUAGUUUUUCAUCUUAUACUUGGAACCUAUUGUGCACAGUGUGUGAAUAGCUUAAAGUGGAAGAACUGAGGUUGAAUUCAAUAGAAGUUUCAACAAUUCAUCAACUUUAGUAAGCAUAAUACAAACUCUAAGUCAAGUAAAAAGACAAAAAUUCAAUUUCUCCCAUUUCAUUUUGAAAAUUUUUCCUUAAUAACCAUGGAGAGUAGAAUAAAAACUUUAAAAAUUUUUAAAUUAAGCAAAAAGCAACUAAAUUACCAAAAUAACUUAGCAUUAUUAACAAUACUUACUUCCUCAACUCUCCCCCCAACCAAGCUGAACAUUGUCCUCAAUGUGAAAAAAACGAUUAAAAAAUAGGGAGGAAGUGGUACCUCUUGAGUGACAUGGAGUCUGAGUCAUAUAGGAGAAACCACAUGUUUCAAAGAAAAUAUAAGAGUUAGUGAGUAGAGGAAAUAGGAAAAUGCCAAGUUUAAACAAAAAUGAUGUCUAUGUAUGAUGUAUCAUCAGUAAUACAUCCAAUCCCAAAAUGUAAGACAUCAAAAUAUGGAAUUAUAAUAAGUAGAGACAAAAAGUAAAGAGAUGAUCAAGUAAUGGUAAGGUCCUGUGGAGUUUAUGCGUCUGUGGUGGCCUCUUGAAUGGGUUGGAUCAGGACUUUGACCUCUGUUCUGGUAGUCUCCUUAGGUGGCAUAGUCUCCUCAACUGGAGCUCUCAGUUGGUAGCUAUGGGAUUUGAUGGUUUAAGGAGGUAAGAAAUGGAAUGAGAGGCUUAGUGUGUGUGAUCCCAGGGUGUGCAGGGCUCUCCUCUUCAGAUGCAUGAUUGUGAGGCUCUAUUGGCAUUUUAGCAACUUCCCUUGGCUUUGCAAAGUGUUUUUGCAAACCUUCCUCCAUUUCGCAAGUCAAUUUUGCAAUUUGAUGGCCAUUUCUAAGCUUGGAGGUGAUUUCGCAGCCAUUUCAAAGUUUGGAGAUCAUUUCACAGGCAAUGGGCAAUUUCGCAGCCCAUUUCUGAAGCUUGGAGCAUUUUCGCAGCAGGAGGUGGAUUUCGUAGAGGAGGGGAAUUCUCGCAGCCCAUUUCGUAACUUAAAAGUGAUUUCGCAGGUGUAUCGCAGCUUCAAAAAUGAGGAGAACUGUGCUGCAAAAUGGCACUCGUGUGCCAAAAGUGGUUUCGCAGCUGCGAAAUACCCUUCCAAAUGGUGUCUCGGUUGCGAAAUUCUCGCUCAGCUUUGCGUGCUUGUCUUCAAAUAACUAUAACUUCUUCAUUUCACCUCCAAAUCACAUACCGUUUGAAGCGCUGGACUCCUGACUUCCCAAGCUUUCAAACAAGAUAUCGUAUGCAUAAUUUGAGCUCCAAAAAGUGCUUCAAAAACGUGUCCAACAGUAGCAAAAUUGAGGUGCGGCAUUUCCGCUCAUGGUUUGCACAGUCAUCUUCAAACAGCCAUAACUUUUCCGUUUCAAAUCCAAAUCUAGCACCGUUUGAAGCUGUGGACUCGUGACUUCCCAAUCUUUCCAACGAGAUAUUGCAUGCAUAAUUUGAACUUCGGAAAGUGAUCGAGAUGUGUCCAACAAUUGCCGAAAUGAGGGUGCGACUAUGAAAUUGGGAUUUUUCAAUUUUGGGACUUCGCAGCCGUUUCGCAGCUGCGAAAUGGGAGUCACUGUGCUGCGGAAUGGCACUCGUGUGCCAAAACCGGCUUCGCAAUUGCGAAAUACCCUGCGGAAUGGGACUUUUGGUGCGAAAUCAAGCUUUACCACUUCGCAAUGCGUUUCGCAGCUGCCAAAUGGAUGCUACUGUACUGCGAAGUGGCACUCGUGUGCCAAAUUCACUUUCGCAGCUGCGAAAUACCCUGCCAAAUGGAGCUUUGACUGCGAAAUUGAGAAUUUUCACGCUUUGGAGCUUCGCAGCCGUUUCGCAGCUGCGAAAUGAGGGUCACUGUGCUGCGAAAUGGCACUCGUGUGCCAAAAGUGCUUUCGCAGCCGCGAAAUCCUCUGCGGAAUGGGACUUUUGUUGCGAAAUCAGCCUUUUUCACUUCGCAAUGCGUUUCGCAGCUGCGAAACAGAUGCUCCUGUGCUGCGAAGUGGCACUCGUGUGCCAAAAUGGGUUUCGCAGCUGCGAAAAUUUUCGCAGAGACUUCUACAGUGUUGCGGAAUGGUUUGGCAACAAAAUGCCGAUUUCGCAGAGGCUGCGAAAUCUCGCAGACCCCUGUUUUUCCCCUGUUUUUCGCUCCGUUUGACUCCGAUUUUGCUCCGAUUUUGCUCUGAUUUUUUUUCUUCAAUUUCUUUGCAAUUCCUCUUGAUUUUGAUCAUCCAAAAACCUAUAUUACAUCAAAACAAACUAGAUUUAAAGCAUUGAAAUCAAAAUUAAAGCAUUGAAAUCAAAAUUAAAACACUGAAAUCAAAAUUAGAACAAGUAAAAAGUAAAAUAAAAAGAUAUGGACUAGCUAGUCUUUAAAAAGACUAAGUCCAUCAAAAAAUUUGAUCCUUAUUUAGCUUGCCCGGAUCCCAUAUGAAGUUUGCAUCCCUCACUUGAGAUGUGAUCUGUAUGAUUUUGUCAUACAAAGCUUGGAGAAAAGGUGGAGGCAUGUGUUUCUUCAUCAAUUCUUCCUUGAUGACUAUCCUCAGUGGUUCUCUUUGUACAUUAACAUCAUAGUCAUCUUUCUCUAUGCUUUUCCCCUUUUUCUUUCCUUUGAUUUCCUCCCUCUUUUCUUUCUCUGUUUCACUAUCUACCUUAUGCUCUAGCUUGCAUGUGGGCAGAUCAACCUCUUUACCACUCCUCAGAGUGAUCACUUCUUCAAUUUCCUUCUUUUGUGAAGGUUCUCCCUCCUCAGCCUCCAUUUCAUGGAUACUCAUGGAAUUUUGAUAAGGUUGAGAAGGAGAGUUUUCUUUCUCUUGCAUUGUGUUGAGGUUGGAAAGCCUUGAGAUUGAAUCUUGGAGAAUAUCUAACUUCUGAGAUAGAUCAUUUUGCAUUUCAUCCAUCCUUUUAUUCAAAGUACUCUCCAUUCUAUCAAUUCUUUGAUCCACUCUGUCCAUUCUUUGAUCCACUCGAGCAUUGGUGGCUUCUUGCUUUCCCACAAAAUCUCCCACGACCUUGCAAAGAUUCACCAUAGCUUGUUCAAGGUUUGAGGCUUGCUGUGGUGCUUGAGCAGGUUGCUGAUACUGAGGUGGCUGUGGUUUCCAAGAGAAAUUUGGAUGGUCCCUCCAAUUGGAAUUGUAGGUGUUGCAAUCACCAAACAUUUCCCUCUCCGUUGGAAUGAUAGGACACUCUUCAACCAAGUGCUCAUAAGAUAGACAAAUGGCACAAGGCAUAGUUUGCAAUGGUGUUUGAGAGAUGGCUUGCGCUUCUUGCAUCUGGUUCAUUUCUAGCUCUUCCAAUCUCCUUUCCAUAGCUGCAAUUUCUGCCUUCAUGUUCAUACCAUCAUUCAAAAUAUACAUCUCACCCUUAGCUUUAGGUUGAGACUUCAUUCUCCCCAUAUCUCGAGCAUUUGGUUCAUCCCAUCCUCUUGAGACUUCAGCCACAUAACUCAUGAAGUUCAUAGCUUCCUCUGCUAUGGUAUUCAAUAUGGCAUGCACAACUAGUAAAUUGUGAAUUAAAAACAGAGAACACAAAAGAAAACAAAAGAAAAACAAUUCAAAGAAAGAAAAUUAAGGUAAACUAAAAACUAAAUAAAAGGUAUACUAAAACAUGAACAAUAAAGAAAUAAAAAGAGUUAGUUAAAGGAAAAGAAAAGUCACCAAACUUGUGAUGAAGAUCACAAGUACUCUAGAAAGGUGAUAUCACUGUAAAGUGGCACCACCCCCGGCAACGGCGCCAUUUGAUUCGUCCCUAGUAGCGGCAGUGGCAAUGGCACCAUUUGAUUCGUGGUUCGAUCCCCGGCAACGGCGCCAUUUGAUUCGUGCCCAAUUGGUGUCUCAGCUGAUUCGUGUCCAGCUGGUGCUCCUUGAUUGAGGGAGUAAUCAACAAAAUUUAUAACCUAUUACACCAUAUACUAGGGUAGCAAAGACAAAGCUACUAUAGCAUAGUGGCUCUAGGAUCGUUCACUGGGAUGGGUUUUCACUUCACAAUUGAUAUUAAUUCAAAGAUGAAUUGGUGUCUUUUCAUUUCAAGGUUAGCUUUAAAAGAAAACAUAAACUUGUUUAAAUGGAAAAAGUUCGGUUUUAAACUAACCAAAAAUAGUAACUGAUUUUACUUACAAAGAAAGAUGUUUCUUGGAGUUUAGAUCACUAGGCUCAGGUUCCUCAUGCAAAAAGGGGGAGUUCCGGUCACUUGUUUCUUUUCCUCGCAUUAGAGAAUUAACAUAUAGUUCCUUCUCCAACCGGUAUUAUACAGAUGCUUCCCAUUAAUGGGUUCAAACACUAAAUCCCUCUCACUGAUGCAACUUGCAAUGGUUCAUGCCUCUCACCUAGCACUUGCCAUUCAAGGUGAUCUUUAACCUUGGAUUACCCGUCAAAAGCUCGCAAGAGAUAACUAAUGGAUGUCUCCUUGGAGUCCAAAAGCUUACCAAGUGUUGGCUAUUCUAGAAAAUCCUACCUUCAAGUCACCUCCCAAAGGCUCGCAAGGGGUAAACUAGUGCAUUUCCAUGGUUGGAAAUCACUUGCCUUACCAAGUGUUGGCCCAGGUGACUCUAAGGUGUUUUAAGUUAACUAAAAACAUAGAAAUCACUAACGGGUCACACUUUCUCUUCAUUAAAAACUAAAACAACAAAACUUCCAAAUUAUGCAUGUGGAAACUUACCCGGCUUUCCUCACUCCAAGAGACAAAAAGCUUAGCCUCUCAUCCUCUGUGGAAAAAUCCUCAGAGUUUGGUUGGCUAGAAAAUGAAAAUGAAAGAGAAGACAAGAAUAUAUAUCAAAAACAGAGCAAGUGCUCUGUUCCUUGAUUCUAUAUAUGAUAUAUCUAUAUAUUACAUACUUCUCCGAGAGUCUCCUGAGAGUGUUUACAAGAGAGUUUAUAUAGGAAGGUAAUUUACCCUUCCUUGGAUACUUCCUAGCUAAGGAAUUACAUGAGUGGUUGAAUACAAGGAGAAAAUGGAAAUUUAGACACAAAAAUCUGAAGAAAAAUAUCUAAAAGAGUCGGUGCAAAAAUAUCGGGAAGCUCCAGGAACAUUUCGCAGGUGAAAAAUAGUGUCUGCGAGAUUUCGCAGGCACUCAAGAAGGCUGCGAAAUAUUUUCGCAACAACAAGUUAAACUCGCAGGGCUGCGAAAUUGGCUUCCACCUUGAGGUUCUCAGCGUUCCAGCUUGCGGCAUGUAUCGGGUAGCUUCAGGAGGAAUUCCAUAGCACUGUACAAAAAGGCUGCGAAAUUCUCGCAACAAAAGGCUGAUUUCGCAACACUUUGGAGUGAUCUGCUUGUAAUGGUUGUAACUCCUUCGUUUCAGGUCCGAAUCGUGCACCGUUUGAAGCAUUGGAUUCUUGACUUCCUGAGCUUUGAAAUGGUAUAUAGAAUGUAGAAAAUAGACUUCGGGAAGUGCUCCAAAAGUGCGCAAGAAGACUGCAGCUGCUGUCCCCUGUUUUCUUCACUCUGUUUUUCCUCUCUCCUUGCUUCUCUCCUUGCAUACUUUGAACGACUUUGGCAAAGGGCUAUGGAGCUCCAAAGCUUGGUUCUUCAUGAAUUUGAGCUUCCAAAAGCUUUGCCAUGGAUUCCAAAUAACUCUCCUCAAUCUUGGAUUGUUUUGGUGAUCAAAUUACUAACAAAAACACCAAAACUUGCACAA